AUGGCGGCCGCCGCCGACGCCGGCCUCGACGUGGCGGCGGUGGAAAGUUUCCUCGAGAGGCACCCGGAGCUGGUGGAGAAGUGGCUGAAGAGGAAGAACUCGCUUCCUAAAGCCCCUGUCCCCCCCGUCGCCGGCCCGUCGGAGGAGCGGCAGAACAGCGGCAGCCCCGGCGGCGGCUGGGGCAGCGCGGGCAGCCCCGGCGGGGGUCUGCAGCGCCGAGCCUCCCAGAAGGAGCUGCGGAAGAGCUUCGCCCGCUCCAAGGCCAUCCACGUCAACCUCACCUACGACGAGCAUGUGCAUGGCCGGGCGCAGGAGCCGCUGAGCAGCGUGCGGCGGCGGGCGCUGCUGCGGAAGGCCAGCUCCUUGCCCCCUACCACCGCCCACAUCCUCAGCGCCCUUCUGGAGUCCCGCGUCAGCCUGCCCCAGUACCCCCCCACCGCCCUGGACUACAAGCGCUACCUCAAGGAGCACAACGAGCGGCAGUUCUUCCUGGAGCUGGUCAAGGACAUCUCUAACGACCUGGACCUCACCAGCCUCAGCUACAAGAUCCUUAUCUUCGUCUGCCUCAUGGUGGACGCUGACCGGGGCUCCCUCUUCCUCGUGGAAGGGGCAGCCGCCGGCAAGAAGACCCUGGUCUCCAAGUUCUUCGACGUGCACGCCGGCACCCCGCUGCUGCCCUGCGGCUCCACCGAGAACAGCAACGAGGUGCAGGUGCCCUGGGGUAAGGGCAUCAUCGGCUACGUGGCGGAGCACGGAGAGACGGUCAACAUCCCCGACGCCUACCAGGAUCGUCGCUUCAAUGAUGAAAUUGACAAACUGACUGGUUACAAGACAAAAUCACUCUUGUGCAUGCCCAUAAGAAACAGUGAUGGAGAGAUUAUUGGUGUUGCCCAAGCAAUAAAUAAGACUCCUGGAGGUGCCCCUUUUUCUGAUGAUGAUGAAAAAGUGAUGCAAAUGUAUCUCCCAUUCUGUGGGAUUGCCAUAUCCAAUGCCCAGCUAUUUGCAGCUUCAAGGAAGGAAUAUGACAGAAGCAGGGCUUUACUGGAAGUAGUGAAUGACCUCUUUGAGGAACAGACUGACUUAGAGAAAAUUGUCAAGAAAAUUAUGCAUCGAGCCCAGACUCUGCUGAAGUGUGAACGGUGCUCAGUAUUACUUCUGGAAGAUAUAGAAUCACCAGUGGUGAAAUUUACAAAAUCUUUUGAGUUGUUAUCUCCAAAAUGCAGUGCUGAUACUGACAACAGUUUCAAAGACAACAUGGAGAAAUCAUCAUCUUAUUCUGACUGGCUAAUAAAUAAUAGCAUUGCAGAACUUGUUGCUUCCACGGGUCUCCCAGUGAACAUCAGUGAUGCCUAUCAGGAUCCUCGCUUUGAUGCUGAAGCUGACCAGAUUUCUGGCUUUCACAUAAGAUCUGUUCUGUGUGUUCCUAUAUGGAAUAGCAACCACCAAAUAAUUGGUGUAGCUCAAGUGUUGAACAGGCUUGAUGGGAAACCAUUUGACGAUGCUGACCAGCGACUGUUUGAAGCUUUUGUUAUUUUUUGUGGCUUGGGCAUCAACAACACAAUUAUGUAUGACCAAGUGAAGAAAUCCUGGGCAAAACAGUCUGUGGCUCUUGACGUGUUAUCUUAUCAUGCAACAUGUUCAAAGGCAGAAGUUGAUAAAUUUAAGGCAGCAAAUAUCCCUCUGGUGUCAGAGCUUGGCAUUGAUGAUAUCCAUUUUGAUGACUUCUCACUUGAUGUGGAUGCCAUGAUUACUGCAGCCCUGAGGAUGUUCAUGGAACUUGGAAUGGUUCAGAAAUUUAAAAUUGACUACGAGACGCUGUGUAGGUGGCUUUUGACAGUUAGAAAGAAUUACCGGAUGGUUUUGUAUCACAACUGGAGACACGCUUUCAACGUCUGCCAGCUAAUGUUUGCCAUGUUAACUACUGCAGGAUUUCAGGAGAUUCUGACUGAAAUUGAAAUUUUAGCUUUGAUUGUGGGAUGCUUAUGUCAUGACCUUGACCACAGGGGAACCAACAAUGCCUUCCAAGCCAAGAGCGGAUCAGCCUUAGCUCAGCUCUACGGCACCUCUGCUACCUUGGAGCACCACCAUUUCAAUCACGCUGUCAUGAUUCUCCAAAGUGAGGGUCACAACAUCUUUGCUAACUUAUCCUCUAAGGACUACAGUGACCUUAUGCAGCUUCUAAAGCAAUCAAUAUUGGCAACAGACCUCACUCUGUAUUUUGAGAGAAGGACCGAGUUUUUUGAACUUGUCAGUAAAGGUGGUUAUGACUGGAAUAUAAAAAAACACCGAGAAGUAUUUCGAUCAAUGCUAAUGACAGCUUGUGACCUUGGAGCUGUGACCAAACCGUGGGAGAUUUCAAGACAGGCAACUGAGCUGGUGACCAGUGAGUUCUUUGAACAAGGAGACAGAGAAAGAUUGGAACUCAAACUCACCCCUUCAGCUAUUUUUGAUCGGAACAGGAAAGAUGAACUACCCAGGUUGCAGCUUGAGUGGAUUGAUAGCAUCUGCAUGCCAUUGUAUGAGUGUCUAGUGAAGCUGAAUGUGAAACUGAAGCCUAUGCUGGACUCUGUGGCAGUAAAUAGAGGUAAAUGGAAGGAGCUGCACCAAAAAAGACUUCCUUCUCAGGCGGCAUCCUCGGCCUCCUUUUCCUCUAGCUUUACCAUGUCCCUCAAAGACAUAAAUUAAGCCUGCAAAUGUCAGGGUCACUUUACAAUAAGAGCUCUCUGAAAGGCUGUCAUAAGCUUAGGCCCACUAUUUCUUAAAUGAAUGCUUUCACAGACAUACUUAAUUGAUUGGAUGUUAUCUUGAUGGGAGCUUAGUUUGCUUUUACUGGCAUGUCUAGAGGGACUGAAAAGAAGGCCUGUGGUGAGAUCGUGCUGAUAUCUGGAGCAACAUGGAAGACUUAGCACAAGAAGCAUUCAUUCAGCUCCGCUACAUUUCAACUGCUGCUGUAAAAAUCUGUAAAGCUGACAACAGACUGAAAUAUAAGAACUUACAGCUUAAUAAAAUUAAUAAUACACAGCAGAACUGGGAUGCAAGCUGGUCAAUUCAUAUGCAAGGAGCUGCAGGAAAACAGAAUAGUAUGUAAUUACAUUGUUGUUUUGCAUCUCUUCAGUACAUGUUAUGAAUCGAUUAUGCCUGCUUUUGUGAU